GUUGUAUGUCUUAGCCUUUGCGAUUUUUGUGUUGUUUUGUACUUUCAAAAUAUUGCUUACAAGUUUAUGACAAUAAUUGAUACUGAUUUCUUUGCUCCGAAAUUCAGCGUCAGAAACAAAAAGUUCUGAAAGCGAGAAAUAACAUUUUUUUAUUUGUUUUAGUCAUUUGACCACGGCCAUGCUGGAGCACCACCUUUAGUCGAAUAUAUCGACCCCAGGACUUAUUCUUUGUAAGCUUAGUACUUAUUCUAUCGGGUACUUUUGCCGAACCGCUAAGUUACGGGGGACACUCCAGCAUCGGUUGUCAAGCAACGGUGGGGGAACAAACACAGACACAUAUAUAUACGACGGGCGUCAUUCAGUUUCCGUUUACCAAAUCCACUCACAAGGCUUUGGUCAGCCCGGUGCUAUAGUAGAAGACACUUGCCCAAGGCGCCUCGCAGUGGGACUGAACCUGGAACCAUGUGGUUGGUAGCCACUCCUGUUCAAUUUGUUUGUAGAUAUACGAAAAUACGCAUAUUUCUGUGAAUGUGUUCUAAUAAUGACCAGCUCUUCGUCGGUAUAUUUACACAAGUGUACCCCACCAUUCAACUUUGUUUCCAGAAGAAAAAAAACUUCCAGAAAAAUAUAUAUUUUUUAAUAUAAUUUUCUACAUAUACGUUUCAGACGGUGUAAAUUUCGAUUAUAUCGGAAUUUGUUGUGAAAAACUUUUUGGAUGAUGGGGUAGAGUUUCGGAUAAUUCACAUUAGUCGACUUUGUUUCCACAGCAUACUUACACAAAUAUGUCCCACAGAUUAUCUUUCCCCAUAGUUUUCAGAAAAAUGGAUAUUUUGUGAUGAAAUUUUCUACAAAUACCUCUCAGAUGAUAACCUUGUUCCAAACCUUGUUUUCUGAAUGGGUAAAAAUUAUCAAAUUUCAAACCUCUAACAUUUUUCUAAAAAUUUUCCUGGGACGAAUGUAUAACAAAAUCGGGAUCUUUUCUGUUUUUUUUGCUCGCAUUUUGAUGUAGAUUACGAUUAUAUUGGAAUUUAAUGGGAAAAAAAUAUUUGGUGGCCAUGUACAGUUUUUUUUUUUUUUUUACAUUAAAUUCCCAUAUCUACAAGGUAUUUGCAGAAAAUUUCAUUAGAAAAAUAUUCACUUUUCUUAGUCAUGAGGAAAUAGCACAACUACACUUUAUUGCCUCUCUCCUGAUUGUCAUUCUUCAAAGCUUUAACUUUUUUUUUUUGCCCUAGUCAACAGCGUUUUAGAUUGAACUAGUUACAACACUCACGAUAUCUUGGCUCUGGGGCACCUUAACCAUCCAAAAUUUGAAGCCAUCAUUAUUAAGGCGGCGAGCUGGCAGAAUCGUUAGCACACCGGAUGGAAUGCUUAGCGGCAUUUCAUCCGUCUUUACGUUCUGAGUUCAAAUUCCACCGAGGUCGACUUUGCCUUUCAUCCUUUCGGGGUCGAUAAAUUAAGUACCAAUGUAACACUGAGGUCGAUGUAAUCCCCUCCCCCAAAAUUGCUGCCCUUGUGACAAAAUUUGAAACCAUUAUUAUUAUGGCAUAGAGAAGAAUCUCAAAGGACGGGAUACAACACACAAAAACAGAUCAAAGGGAGAUACUACGAUAUUAAAGGAUAUAACAAACGAUAGAUAAAUAGAAGUUAGAGAAAUAAAUAAGUGGUUCUGAGUAAUAAAGAAAGUAUCGAAGAAGACCUGCAGCUAGGAGGGUGGCAGCUGUAGGUGUAUUCAGGAAGAAGAAAAUUGGGUGAAGGGCCCUGCUAUGCAUAUACAACACAUAGUUCUACCAGAAUUAAGUUUCGGUGGGCGCGUCUUCUCGAAAACCGCAUAUUUGCCUAUCCACUGUUAUCUCCUCAAUGAGUUUCAUGGUCCUGAUAUAUGUGUGUUUCGAAUGCCUUUCACGUUAGGAUCAUGUAUAAUUAAUACGGGUGAAUUUUCAAUAAAUCCACAAUUAUUAUAUUUUAGUUUAAUAAUUUUAAAACAAAUUGAAUAUCAAAUCAAUCCUAUUUUUACGUAUAUUACAGAUUUCUUGUCGACAGAGGUUGAAACGUAGCGAUUAAAACUGAAAGUUUGAUUACUGUCAAAUUCAACUGCUGUAACUUCCUCAUAUUGGAUGAUUAAAACAUGACAUUGAGAUAAGAAGAGUAAGAUUCACCAAAAUUAUUGCAAUGGCCAGUUCAGUUGUUACUGCAAGAUACUUGCCUCCUGAGAAAGUAUUUUUAAAAAAUCUUAGUACACCAGAAGGAGAUUUAAGCUAUGAAAUUGAAAGGUUAUUGACAUUUUUUGAGAAUAUGCAUCCAAAGCUAACAGCUAUCGAGCUUGCUACAAAUGGUUAUUAUUAUGAUACUACAGAAGGCAAAAUAAUGUGCUUUUCUUGCAAAAUUGUAGUUAAAUUUUCAGAUUCCAGUUUUAAACAUAAACACCCAUGUAGAUACAAAAUUGACAGUAUUCCAGUCUUUUUAUAUGAUGAAGCAGAUGGUGAAAAUGCAGCAGCUUUUAGUGUUCAAAACACUACUCUAGAAACUGAUUCAGUGAUACCUAAAAAAGAAACUUUAAAUACAGAUCAAAUGCUUGAUAUGCAAAGAAGACUGGAUACCUUUAAGAAGUGGAACAGAAGUACUCCAGUAACACCCACAGACCUUGCCAAGAGUGGAUUUUAUUACUUAGGAUAUGGAGAUGCUGUUAAGUGUGCAUAUUGCUCUGUCCAACUGCGCAACUGGAAAGAAAAUGAUAACGUCCAAGACGAACAUACACGUUUUAGUUCGAAAUGUCCAAAUUUAGAAUCUUUUUUUAAAACGGGAUUAAAAUCUGAACUGAAUCGGAUAAAAAGUUUUCUUAAGUGGUCAACAGAUUAUCCAUUAAAACCUAAUGAUUUGGCAGCUAAUGGUUUCUAUCACAAGGGGCCUGCAGAUAAUGUCUGUUGUAUUUUCUGCAAAUGUGAAAUCAAAAAUUGGAAAGCCAAUGAUAAUAUUAAAGAAAAACAUAGGUUCGUUUCUCCAAACUGUCUCUUUUUGUGUGAGGACUUUGUGGAUAAUAUACCAAUACCAAAUAAGAGUGAUAUAAUAUUUGACCGUCCAAUACAUCCAGGUCUUGCCUUGUUAAGUGAACGCCUUAGAACAUUCUCUUCAUGGCCCAAAAAUAAAAAACAAGAUCCUAAAGCCUUAGCUGAAGCUGGAUUUUAUCACAAUGGAAAUGCUGAUACAGUAAUUUGUUUUAGCUGUGAUGGUGGCUUACGUAAUUGGGAGGAGGAUGACAUUCCAUGGGAAGAACAUGCUCGAUGGUUUCCAAGAUGUACUUUUGUAAAACAAAUGAAAGAUUCUAAAUACAUCAGUGAUGCAAAUGUAAGAAACAGGGUAUCUUCAUAUGACCCAGCAUUUUCACAAGAUGGACCAGAUUACCAUUCUCUUCAAACUGAUGCAAUUGGUAGUUAUCACUUUAUGGAAGAUAACAGGACAUCAGAUGCCUCAACUUCAAGCUCUCCCAAAUUGAAAACUCGUAAACCUAAGGCAUCAUCUAUGGAAACACCUACAGUUAAGGCUCUUUUAUCUAUGGGCUAUAACCGAAAUAAAGUCAAAAGAAUUGUGAAAAACAAAAUCAAAGAAACAGGAUCUUCUUUUUCACAAGCAUCAGAUUUACUUGAUGCGAUUGAAAACGAUCAUUUUGAUGAUAACGAUGAGGAAGUAAGUGAUGAAGAGGAGCCUGACCAAACAAGAGAAAAACAUGACACUGAAAUGUCUGCUACAGCAAGUGCUGAUUUAAUUGCAGAGAAUACUAUGCUAAAAGAACAAAAGCUUUGUAAAAUCUGUUUGGAUGAAGAAUUGAGUGUGGUAUUUUUACCAUGUGGCCAUUUGGUCAGUUGUGCAUCAUGUGCACCUGCUCUCACCAAUUGCCCUUUAUGUCGGAAAAAGGUUCAUGGAAUGGUGAAAAUAUUUUUCUGAGUUAUAUCCAAUACAGCUACAGUCAAAUGACUGAAACAACUU